AUGGAGCUUAGCCAUCUUAUCGUUGACGCCCCCGCUUCCGGUCGAGUUGGCCCUCCUUCUUGGGAUUCUUCCUUUCUCAAUCCUCGAAAUCGGGUUGACAACCUUGACACCACCUCCUCCCGCUGGCGGAUUGACGGGGCGACAAUAUGUGGUACUUGCGUCUAUGCUAUCCCGCUAGAUCUGCUCCCAAACUUGCCCCCGUUACGGGUCUUACUCUAUAUCUCUGAUCAGACGGAAUAUCCUGCCGCAUUGCGCCAGAGCCUUGAUGCAUGUACUGGUGUGCCCCUGCGAGACGGAAAUGCCAUUUCUCGGCUAGGCUUAGCAAAGCAUCUCUGUCGCGCACUCGACUAUCAUUGCGCCAAGAAUCCGGGAUUCUUACAGGAGUAUAGCAAACUACCGUUUGGCUCCAGGCUUAUCUUCGAAGACGUCACUCCGGAUGUUGCAGAUAUGAUGCUAUAUGUUGAGCGCGAUUAUGGAAUUGAGAAAAACAUGAAAACUCUUCAGUAUCUUCAACAGUCGUGGUCUGAUAUUGCCCAAGACGCCUGGCCGCCGGCGGUCGACAUCAACGAAUUGCGUCUUGUCAAGCAACUUAAUGAAGCUGUGAUUCUGGUGGAAUUUUCAGGUCAAUCUCGUGCCAUCUUCAAGUGCGCAAGCGAUUCCUUACAUCAUAUGUAUCAUGAGCUCCGUUUUCUGCUUACUUGUCCCCCACAUCCUCACAUCAUGCCUCGGCCCCUGGCGGUUGUUUUGAAAAAAAGUGCGUUCGGCGGUAGAAGCGGCGUAGUAGGCUUCCUUCUGCAGUACUUCGAGGGUGGCUCGCUGCGUGAUAUUAUCCCUGCUCGACAACGGUCUGCUACUCUGUCGGACACUGUCAAGCUUCGAUGGUGUCGGCAAGUAGCUUCGGCACUAACUCAUCUCCACGAAAUGGGGACAUUUUAUUCCGACUUGCGACCUGACAAUGUGUUGUUAGACGCCGAGGAGAAUGCCGUUCUAUGUGACUUUGAACAGCGUGGUAACUGGUAUGAAUGGAGCCCUCCUGAGGUUUUGUACCGACAGUACGUUGAAAACAUCCGAGCCCGGCUUCCUGAACGAGUCGUAAAUUCUCCCUAUGACCAUCUACUGAAAGAAUACGCAUGCUCACAUUCACUGUCUACGUCAGCGUGCUAUACGCCGGCUGAAAGUCCGAUAGAAGCGCGGAAUCGCGCUUGGUUCGCCCUACCGCCAUCUGCGCGAGAGAAGGCAACUGUGUAUAAUUUUGGGCUUUUCAUCUACUGUGUUUUCGAGGGACUUAGUAACGUUCGGCGUAACGUUGCAAAUCAGUUCCCCAUCGAGCCGGAGGUGGAAUAUCCAACUUUCCGGCGGACACCAGAAGCUGUAAGAAAGAUCAUUCAGCAGUCCAUCGGUAAUCCUCCAGACUGGGACACGUCGGAACUUCAGUCCAGAUCGUCACGAGUGGUGAGAGUGAAUGGCUUACUAUAUCCAGAGACGCGCACUGAUCUUGAGCCCGAUACGCGUCAAGCUUUCGAUGCCGUCAUGGAUACUUUACUCGGAUUCUGGAGCACAGAGCUGAUUCGAGCAGAGAGGUUUCUUGAGGGCGCUGACUGGAGCGCUGGUGAUUUUGGAAGAGAUAGAGCAUCACUACGUGAUGUGGUUGAUGCUCUUGAGAGCCAGGCUGAAGACCUCUACUAA